ACGUCCUGAGCAAUCUUAUCGCGAGAACUGAGCCGUGGUAUAAAUUCCCCGAUCAAUCCUGACAGCUCCUGUACUCCACUCUCCUGCGACUGUUGGUGUGGUCAGAACCGAGUCAGAUUGAAGAUGGCAGCAGGCAAAGCACAAAUUGGCAAGAUGGCCCCAUUCUUCACAGCUAAAGCGGUGAUGCCAGAUGGACAAUUCAAGGAUCUGAAACUGGAAGACUACAGAGGGAAAUAUGUUGUCUUUUUCUUCUAUCCUCUGGACUUCACAUUUGUUUGUCCAACUGAAAUCAUCGCUUUCAGUGAUGCUGCAGACGAGUUCAAGAAAAUCGGCUGUGAGGUCAUCGCUGCCUCUGUUGACUCGCACUUCUCCCAUUUCGCAUGGACCAACACACCACGUAAGCAGGGCGGUCUGGGUACCAUGAAGAUUCCUCUGGUGUCUGACACACGUCGCACCAUCUCAACAGAUUACGGUGUCCUGAAGGACGAUGAGGGCAUUGCUUACAGAGGUCUGUUCAUCAUCGAUGACAAGGGAAUCCUGAGACAGAUCACCAUCAACGACCUCCCAGUUGGACGGUCCGUGGAGGAGACCUUGCGUUUAGUCCAAGCCUUUCAGUUCACCGACAAGCACGGAGAAGUCUGCCCAGCUGGCUGGAAACCAGGAAGUGACACCAUCAAACCUGACGUCCAGAAGAGCAAAGACUUCUUCUCCAAGCAGUAAUAAACCCAAGGCCAGAGUCUGCUGUCUGCUGUAGGAGAUUUCAUUUAGUGAGAGAUCAAUAAUUACGUCAACCAUUGUGCCUAUGGAAGAGUGGUUAGGAGACAGAUUUUUGUAGUUAAAACAAUAUGUGUGUGUGUUCUAUUGUCUGUAGAUUAAAUAGUGCACUUAUGACCAAAGUAUAUAAUUGUGUAAUUAUCAUCUGGUAAAGUAGGCUAUUUUCCCUGA